UGAUGUUAAGAACCCAUAUUUAUCCAAAAUUUUAGUUAAUCGUGAGCUGCACAAAUCUGGUGAUCGUUCUUGUAUGCAUAUUGAAUUUGAUAUUGAUGGAUCAAAGAUGAGGUAUGAUACAGGAGAUCAUGUUGCCGUCUAUCCAAAAAAUUCUUCUGAAUUAGUAGAAAAAAUUGGAAAAUUAUUAAAUGCAGAUCUAGAUACUGUAUUUUCAUUAGUGAACACUGAUGAAGAAUCCAGUAAAAAACAUCCAUUCCCUUGCCCUUGUACUUAUCGGACAGCUUUAACUUAUUAUUUGGAUAUAACUUCAAAUCCACGAACACAUAUUAUGAAAGAAUUAAUAGAAUAUGCAAGUGAUCCAAAGGAUCAAGAAAAAUUAAAGCUUAUGGCAAGCUCAACCCCAGAGGGCAAAAAAGAAUUCCACGAAUGGAUUUUGCGUGACAACCGUAAUAUUGUUCAUAUUUUGGAAGAUUUACCAAGUGUCAAACCUGAUUUAGACCAUUUAUGUGAACUACUUCCACGAUUACAGUGUCGCUACUAUUCAAUAUCCUCGUCACCAAAAGUGUAUCCAAAAUCUAUUCAUAUUACAGCAGUUCUAGUAGACUAUAUUACUCCUACUAAUCGUGUUAAUAAAGGUGUUGCAACUAAUUUAUUAGCUCAAUUAAAACCAACUACCGAUGAACUUCCACAACCUACUAUACCUAUUUACAUUAGACGAUCUCAAUUCAGAUUACCUCCUAAAAGUCAAACUCCAAUUAUAAUGAUUGGUCCUGGUACAGGACUAGCCCCAUUCCGAGGUUUUAUUCAAGAAAGAGAUUAUGCACGUAAAGAAGGUUUGUUAUUAAUAUUUUUAACACUAUUUUUUGGAUGUCGAAAGAAGAAUGAAGACUUUAUUUAUGAAAAUGAGUUGAAAGAAUAUGUUUCUAAUGGAACUUUGACAAAAUUACAUUUGGCAUUUUCGCGUGACCAACCUGAAAAACAGUAUGUAACACAUUUGUUAGAACAAAAUGCUGAUGAACUGUGGAACAUAAUUGGGGAAAAAAAUGGUCAUUUAUAUGUUUGUGGUGAUGCAAGGAGCAUGGCAAAGGAUGUCCAUAGUAUUAUUGUUAAAGUUGUCAUGGAAAAAGGUCAAAUGACCAAUAGCCAAGCACUCAAUUAUGUUAAGAAAAUGGAACAACAAAAAAGAUAUUCUGCUGAUGUGUGGAGCUGAUUUGUGACGUUGUUACAAAUGUUGUUGUUUUAUAAAUGUACAAUGUUAAACAAUUUAAAAAAAAAAAUUAAAGAAUAAUUCUUUCACUAAAAAAAUAAUAGCUACAAAAAUGGAAGAAAUGUGGGCUUCUUAUCUGUUUUAGUUAUUAAUUUAUUUAUAUUGUUGAGAAAAAUGUAUAAAAGAAUACUACAAUAUUUCUGUUAUAAAUCUUAAAUUAUUUAUGAUAACGUUUUACUAUUGGAAAUUUUAUAACUUCAACUAUUAGAUUUAUUGUUAUAAAUAAUUUUAUUAAACCAGCAUAUGAUUGGUAUUUUUUCUUUAUAAAUAAUAUGCUCAAUAACACCAUUCAAAAGUAUGAUCAAAUCUAAACCAAAUUGCUUAUAUAUAUUAUACUAGUAUACUA